CGCGUCAACUUAAAGCUACUAUCCCUCCUAUAAACCCUUCUCUCCGCCUCUCUUCUCCUCCUCAAUCUUCCUCUCUCCGCACUGAAUCCAACCUGCUCCGCCGCUCAAAGCUCGCCUGCAACCUCUCCGCCGCCUCAUGGCUCUCCCUAAUCAGCAGACUGUGGAUUACCCUAGCUUCAAGCUCGUUAUAGUCGGUGAUGGAGGAACUGGAAAAACUACUUUUGUGAAGAGGCAUCUCACUGGUGAAUUCGAGAAGAAAUAUGAGCCUACAAUUGGUGUUGAGGUUCAUCCGUUGGACUUCCAUACAAACUGUGGAAAGAUCCGUUUUUACUGCUGGGAUACAGCUGGACAAGAGAAGUUUGGAGGACUCCGUGAUGGUUAUUACAUUCAUGGGCAAUGUGCAGUUAUUAUGUUUGAUGUUACUGCUCGGUUGACUUAUAAGAAUGUUCCCACAUGGCACCGUGAUCUCUGCAGAGUUUGUGAGAAUAUUCCUAUUGUUCUAUGUGGAAACAAAGUUGAUGUUAAGAACAGGCAGGUGAAGGCAAAGCAAGUUACAUUCCACAGGAAGAAAAAUUUGCAGUACUAUGAGAUCUCUGCUAAGAGCAACUAUAAUUUUGAAAAGCCUUUCUUGUACCUUGCCAGAAAGCUUGCUGGGGAUGUCAACCUUCAUUUUGUGGAAUCCCCUGCUCUGGCUCCUCCAGAAGUUCAAAUUGACAUUGCUGCACAGCAAAAGCAUGAGCUCGAGCUACAAGAAGCCGCCAAUCAGCCACUUCCAGACGACGAUGAUGAUGCCUUUGAUUAGAGCUAUAUCCAAGUGUCUUCUUUGUCUUCUGCACAUCUCGUGAUGUUAUUUGGUAGCAAUGCCCUUUUAGGUUCAGUGCAUUUCAUAGUAGGGUUUACUUCGUCGUGACUUUUAUUUUGGCUUUUGGUGCUAUUUCUAGCAAACAUGUUGAAUGUUUUAAGCUUGAAGACAUUAGUUGGCUCAAUGAUCCCAUACCCAUCUACAUAUUAAAGCCCAUUUUGAGCUGCAGUAUUUUAAUAUCUAUCUUUUGUGUGAGAAUUAUCUUAUAAUUUUUUAAAAAGAAAUGUUAUAUAUA